CCUCCUCCUUCCCCUUAUUUACUCUCUCCCCCGUUUCUUCUUCACAUUUCAAAUCUCUCUCUCUCUCUCUCUCUCACAAAUUUUCCGCCAUUUAUUAAACACAAAUGUUGCACUGAACCAAAGAACAGAGCACAUCGAGGGAGAGAGAGAGAGAGAGAAGAAGAAAAACAGAGCCCCUGUAAGGCUCAAGGGAAUCCCCAUUCCCGUUCAUAUCUUUGGUUUAUGAAGGGUGUCUGAUUCUUCUUCUUCAUCAUCAUCAUCAUCAUCAUCGACGUCAACAACAACAACAAUGGCUGUCUCUUCCCAAUCUUCCUCCUCCUCUGACAAGAAGAACUGGUGGCUCACCAACAAAAAGAUUGUUGAUAAAUACCUCAAAGAUGCUCGAACCCUCAUUGCCACUCAAGAACAGAGAGAGCUUUUGGCUGCUUUGAACCUCAUCGAUGCGGCUUUGGCUCUUUCCCCUAAGCUCGAACAAGCCCUCGAGCUUAAAGCCAGAGCCCUCCUCUGUCUGCGCCGCUUUAAAGAUGUCGCCGAUAUGCUUCAGGAUUAUAUUCCGAGUUUCAAGAUCGCCGGUGAGGAUUCCGGAAGCUCCGAUGCCUCCUCACAGCUGCUCUCCAAGGACCGAGUUAAGCUUCUUGGAUCCUCCGACUCGCCCGGUUGUGACUCGUCCUUUAAAUGCUUCUCCGUUUCCGAUUUGAAGAAGAAGGUCAUGGCUGGACUCUGUAAAAACUGCAACAAAGAAGGGCAAUGGAGAUAUUUGAUCUUGGGUCAAGCUUGUUGUCAUUUGGGGCUGAUGGAAGAUGCCAUGGUUCUUCUUCAGACUGGCAAACGCCUUGCAAUGGCGGCAUAUCGCCGUGAGAGUAUAUGCCGUUCUGAAGAUAGCUUCUCACUGUCUGAUUUCCCUUUCUCUGGUGAGAUAUCGACCACGAAGCCACCGAAUACGCCGCCUCGAGCUCUCUCCGAUUCUGAAACGAUCACCAAUCUCCUUAGCCACAUUAAGCUUCUCAUUCGGAAGAGGACUGCUGCUCUAGCUGCCCUUGAUGCUGGCCUCUAUGCUGAGGCUAUUCGUCACUUCAGCAAGAUCGUCGAUGGUCGCCGAGGUGCCCCUCAAGGCUUCCUUGCUGAAUGUUAUAUGUAUAGAGCCUCUGCUUAUCAAUCGGCUGGUCGAAUUGCAGAGGCCAUUGCUGAUUGCAAUCGAACACUGGCACUGAAUCCUAGCUGCAUUCAAGCUUUAGAGACUCGAGCUGUGCUUUUCGAAACGAUUCGAUGCUUACCUGAUUGUUUGCACGAUCUCGAACAUUUGAAGCUUCUGUAUAAUACCAUGUUGAGGGAUAGAAAGCUGCCCGGUCCGGCUUGGAAGCGACAGACGACUCGAUACAGAGAGAUUCCAGGAAAGCUCUGUGCAUUAACUGUCAAAAUUCAAGGACUGAAGCAGAGAGUUGCUUCUGGAGAAACUGGGAAUGCGGAUUACUAUUCUUUGAUGGGGCUGCGACGUGGGUGUUCGAGGUCGGAAUUGGAGAGAGCUCAUUUGCUGCUAUGUUUACGACACAAACCCGAUAAAGCUACAAACUUUAUCGAGCGGUGUGAACUUUCAGAUGACCGUGAUCUCGAUUCGGUUCUAGACAAGGCAAAAAUGUCAGCAUUGCUGCUAUAUAGAAUGCUUCAGAAGGGCUACUCAAGCAUAAUGGCAACAAUCUCCAACGAGGAAGAGGCAGAGAAACAGAGAAAGAAAGCUGCAGCUGCAUUACAGGCAGCCCAAGCUUUUGCAAUUCAAGUGCAGCAGCAGCAGCAGCAACAACAACAAGCUCAAGAAUGUAAGCUAGAAAGAGAACUCAUCAAAGCUUCAAACACACAAUCCAAACCUCCAAAACCCGGACAUAUCAGCACUUCGACCGCCAAAUCCUCGGACGACAAAUCAGCAUUCCAAGGAGUAUUCUGCCGUGAUCUUGCAACAGUCGGUAAUUUGCUAUCGCAAGUCGGAUUAAACCGACCCCUCCCGGUCAAGUACGAGGCAUUGAGCUGUUAAAUUCACAACUACAAAUCACAAACCAAUCUGUAAAACAUGGGAUUUGAAAAUCUUGAGGUUUUUGGUUGAUACGGCAGGGAAAUCUCUGGUUCAACUUCUCUUAUUUUUGUACAAAACAAAACCAUGUCCAAAAGAAACAAAAUUACUGCCGGAAAAAUUUUGGUCCCUGUUCUUCAUUGUUCUUCAUUUCCACCGUUUGUACAGAAUCAUCAUCAUCAUCAGUUCAGCUUCAACAUUUCAU